UACGAUCGUUAUGAUUUCAUAUUGUCUGAACGCCACCAUGGCGUAAUAGUACGCCAUGACGUAACCACACGAUGACGUAAUGUUUUGAGAUUUCGUCUGGCAGGCGUGAAGCGAGAGUAGAGUGAGUACGGCCACCGUAUGCUGCGUAGUAGAGUAACUGUAACUAAUAUCUACAUAUAUAUAUAAAUAUAUAUAUUCGUUUGUUAAGAAUAAAUGUAAAGCUAAAAUAAAGCUGUUUUUAGACAUAGAAGGCUAUUUUCCUAAACGUAUUUGAAACAGCAGAAAAAAUAUUAUUUUUUAAUAAAACGAACGUUCAUUUCUACAUCAAGGGUAACAUCCAAACUUUAAUCGUAAACUGUAUUGUACAAUGGUUAUCGAACAUAUAAUAUACCAUCGCUGCUAUUACUGUAACACCCUCAUCAAAUGUAAGCGAAAUAGUCUAUAAGCCAAUUGCCGUUUGGUUGGCCAUACACUCGCAUAUAAAACGUCAGAGAGCAAACACGCAGCCAUAAAAAGCGAUGUGUUUACUAUGAAAGGCACCAUCAGGCGUGAAGUUUACUACGCUUGCAACAAUGUUGUCAAGAACUGGCGAAAUAAACCACAUAGCGUCACAGAGUUGCUGACAGUUGUAUAUAAACUACAUUAUUCGACAGAACUACAAACGGUUUCAACACCUGGCGCUACCGACUACAAUGCUGACAAAUAUAAAACAAAGUGCUGAUGGCAAAAAGUGCUGAUAAUUUGUAUACAUGGCUAAACGCUAUGAAACUGAAUAGUGUAAAGGCUAUUGAAUAAGUUAAAUAACCUAUACGUGGACUACAUCAUCGUUAUAUUGGGUUCCAGCAGUUUUUAUAGUGUUUAUACCUCCUAAACUAAAUACACGCAAUGAAUGAAGAACGCCCAUUUUAGACACAGUACUUUAACCUGCUGCUCAUCCUAAACGAGUAGCACUGUUUUACUGUAUGUCGAUUUAGUCGAUUGCUGCUGGCCCUUUAGAACUGUUAUACGCUCCCACUUAGCAACCUCAACAGCUACAACUGACUAGUCAAGUCUCUAUCAAUGGCAGACGCUUUUGUAGGACCUCUCUCUCGAGAAACACUCUACAGAGAAAAGCGCAUGGCGAACUCGAUGUAAAUAAAGAAAGAGUGUGCCUUCUCUUGUUUUAAUCUACUUUUCCUCUCAGCGAAGGACAGUUGACAAGUAGAUUUUGGACUGGAGCGGCGAGGUACAACUUAAAUACUGGGAUUAUAAAUUGCUUGCUCGGUAUAUUUGCUUAGGAUAUUAAUCUCAGCUUUUCUUUUCUCAUACUAUCGGCCAAAGGAACGACCGUUUUAUUGACCAACGGACAAAGCAAUGGGUCGCGACUUUUGCAUUGACCAAUCUGAACAUCAAAACCUAGCUGCCUGAAUUGUAAGGCCCAACAAUAAUAUCCCUAAGGCAUUGGGCAAACUAUAAGUAGCUGUCUAAACUAUCAUUAUGUUAUAAUCUAAUUGCAGGCGCUGCAUAUACGCUGGACGAUAACCCAUUAGUAAUGCAGGAAUUUAUACUGCUGUUAAAAUGCAUAGGCUACUUGACCAAAAUGCAUACGUUUACAUUGGCGUUAUUACAAAAUAUUGCUCUAAAUGAUGUCAUGAACGUUGCUAUGACACGACAAUACGAUAUGACGUAUGGGAAAUCCUAUUUUGAAUUUACAAUAAAAAAAUAAAUAAAAAAGUGAAAUAUAAAAUGCAAAAAUCGUCCGACGGUUGUAAUAAAUGGCGGGAUUGCGACUCCAUAAGUCACAAGCACUGCGUCAAAAAUUGGAGAAAUCUUGUUCGUCUUUGGAGAGCCCAAAAACUCUGUGAUGUCGUUAUCACAGUAAAAGGAGAACCAUUUCGUUGCCAUGCUAUUGUACCAGCAUCAGUUAGCCCGUUUUUCAGGAAUGCAUUUUUAAAGAAAACAGCUAUGUCUGUACCGAACGGGCUAUCGUGCGAAAAAGAGGUCAUUGUCGACUUUAUGACAAAGGAAAUUUUUUCCCAGGUACUUACAUUCAUGUACACUGCUGAUGUAUUGGUGACGCCAGCUACUGCUCGUCCUUUAAUACUGGCAGCAGCUAGGUUAGAAAUGCAAGGAAUGGUCAAUGCUGUUUUGAGGAGAAUACUUGACCUUGAAAUGGCAGAAAUUGAAGAUAACAAGAACAACCAACCUUCCAACAUGGAUUUCCGUUUAAAGUCGAUGAUCCACGGUCGACAGAGAUAUCCUUUUAACCAGAAGGUCCACAAUGCGAUGAUGGAUAACAAAAACCAGUGUCCAGAAAUCGAGUGCUGUGGUGAACUGAACGACGAUGACUCGCAAUUCCCCGAAGCCCCGGGUCCACAACACGGAUACAAAUAUCCCAAAGAUGAAAACCUCACGGUGACUGGAGUUAUGGACGAGUUGCGAUUACAAGGCGACCUUGCCACGUUGAGUUUGGUUCAAACUUUUGCGGCAAGAAAUUAUUCAGAAGUUUGUGAAACUGAAGCAUUUCUGGGGGCAUCAGUCCAUACCAUCGCCUGUCUAUUGGACGACGACAGAUUGAAUAUAGACGAGUUCCGAGUGUUUAUGUCGCUGUGUAGAUGGCUUGAAGCUGAUCCAAUGCACCUUGUACACGCGCCGUAUCUUUUAUCGAAGACUCGCCUUCAGCUAUUAUCUCCACAAGAACUCGCAGAGAACGUUGAAACAAAAGACUACCUUAUGCGCAAGAAGAAAUGCAGGGUCCUGAUAUUGGAAGCGUUUCGUUUCCACUGCCUGCAAGCACAAGGGGAAACGGCGCCAGAGGGUGCGUACUCUAUAGAGCCACCACGCGGCCAGAAACAACGAAUCGGGACGGACAAAUAUUACGACUCAGACGACGAGGAAUGGUCAGUAGCGGAGGACGGCGGGCUUGUUAAGAAGGAUAAAACAUCACCGUUCUGCCCAAUCAAACCCUGCGCGUGUUGUCCAGACUAUAUACUUGCUUCAGGAGGAAUUGAUACGAAGCAGAAAGCGGCAUCGGAUGGUGUUUACAGAUACGAGGAAAGGGACAACUCCUGGUUAAGGUUUGCCCGCAUGCAGGAACCAAGGAAUCAUCACGCUGCUGUUUACUGCAAGGGAGCGUUAUAUAUUAUAGGGGGUUCGGACCCUUCACUCACGGGACCUGGGGCUGAGGUUUGCCCGAUAUCAAGUUGCCAUAGAUUAGGACUUGGAUCGUUGAAGUGGUGUAAGAUAGAGUCACUUUCGACGCCUAGGAUGUCUUUGCAGGCUGCGUAUGUAAACGGUUUCAUCUACGCAAUUGGUGGCCAAGACCACAAACAGCGGAUCCUUCGUGACGUAGAACGUUACUCGAUUACUCGGGGCUCGUGGGAGUACUCGGGUUCGUUAUCAAGUGCUCGGGCUGGCCUAUGUGUUUGUGUGUAUAAAGGUCGCAUGUGGGCGAUUGGUGGGUACUGCCAUAAGAGCGGCGUUGUGCUGGAUACUGUGGAAGCAUACGACGAAGAAUAUGGAAACUGGGAAAUGAUGCCGGCGAUGCGUUUUCCACGGUGUUUUGCCAACGCUGCAGUUUGUCAAGGCCACUUAUACGUGUUGGGAGGUGCAUGGCUUGAUGCAGAGACUGAGUGUGGCAACUUCAGCAGCGUUUAUGACGUGGAUAUUUAUAAUUCAGCGAGCAAGUGCUGGGAAGGAGUGACAGCGUUAAGGGUUGGACGACAUGAUGCUGGGUUGGCUGUACUUGGUCCAAGGAUUUACAUUGUUGGUGGAAAGCACUGUGAUGACGGAGCAAUUAAAAACCUCGACUCGGUGGAAUGCUUUGAUGUUGAAAAAGAUGACUGGGUAGAUGGGGUUUCCCCGUUACCGUUACCAUUACUUGGCCCCGCAAUAACAUUCACAAAAUAAAGAAAUUUAAAAGGUUG